AUGUCGCUGGGAGCCGGCCCGGAGGCGGGUUUCUCCAGCGAGGAGCUUCUGACCCUGCGCUUCCCCCUGCACCGCGCCUGCCGCGAUGGGGACCUGCCCGCCUUGUGCGCUCUGCUUCAGAGCUCGCCCCGCUCCGACUUGGCGGCUGAGGAUUCCUUCUACGGCUGGACGCCCAUCCAUUGGGCCGCGCACUUCGGCAAGCUGGAGUGCCUAAUGCAGUUAGUAAGAGCUGGAGCUUCUGUAAAUGCCAGUACAACACGUUUUGCUCAAACACCAGCCCACAUUGCUGCUUUUGGAGGACAUCCACAGUGCCUGAAUUGGUUGAUUCAAGUGGGGGCCAACAUAAACAAACAGGAUUAUGUUGGUGAAACUCCUAUUCAUAAAGCAGCACGGUCUGGUAGUAUGGAUUCCAUAAGUGCCCUUGUGGCUCAUGGUGCGCAAAUAGACUUGAGAAAUGCCAGUGGCCUGACAGCAGCAGACCUUGCUCAUACCCAGGGCUUCCAAGAAUGUGCCCAGUUUCUCUUGAACCUCCAGAACUGUCACCUGAAUCGUUUCUAUAGCAAUAGUACCUUAAAUGGGGUUCAUCAGAAUGCAGGUCCCAAUUCAUUCAGUGGUGGACCAAGUAGAAAGAGAUCCUUUGAAGAUACAGAGUCUGCUGCAGUGAAGAAGGCUAGAACAGAAGCUUACAGCUUUGAUGGCUUAAUACCAAUGAUGAAUGGAGGAGUUGAGGACGAUGCUGACAAUAUGCACAUUGAUAGAGAGUUUGCUGUUGUAUCAGAUAUGAAUAGCAGUAGCUCCAUAUUGAAUGCACUGACAAAUGGAUGUGCCAUCAAUGGACAUUUGGAUUUCACCGCCGCACAACAGCUCAGUGGAAUGGAUGUCAAGCGUGAGGAGUGUUUAACAUUAACACCUAAUGGAAUAAUUCCUGGAAUAACUUCUCCCAGUAGGCAUCGAAUUCAUACCAGUAAUGGCACCGAGGAACCAGAAAAAGGCAUGAAUAAUUCCACCGAUAUGUGUGGAUCUCUGCAUCUGAACGGAAGCCCCAGCAGCUGUGUUUCUACCCGACCCUCGUGGGUGGAAGAUCCUGGAGAUACUUUACACUAUGGACACUAUCACGGUUUUGGGGAUACUGCUGAAAGCAUCCCUGAACUUAGUAGUGUUGUUGAGCAUUCCAAUUCUGUCAAGGUCGAACAGAGAUAUGACAACACUGUCCUAGGCACAAUGUAUUUGUAUCAUGGUUCCUAGAUUAAUGACCUUUGUGUCAAACACAUAUUGAAAUUGCUACCAAAUGAAACUGGGGGGAUGAAAUCCUCACAUAGCAUUAAAUUUGAAGAUUGCAACUUAUUGCUAUUUUUACACUUUGUUUAUACGAAAAGUAAACCUUUAAUUUGACAGCCUUAUACAAUAGUUGUAAUUUGUUGCAUGUAUGGGGCUUAUUUAGUGACAAAAUAGGUGGUGUUACAAUGGAAUGUUUAUUACUUUAGGUUUUUUUAUUAUGGGAUGUUCUGGUUUUGUAUUUUUUUAUUUCUAAGCUUGUGAACACUAUCCCUUUUUAGAGCUGUUUUCCCUUUUAUUAAAACAACGUUUAACUGAAUUUUGUGAAGAAAAUGUUACGUUAUGUGCAUCACUUAGAAGUAAGGUUUUUCUUUUCCAUAUCUUCUGCUGAAGCUAUGGUAGCAAUAUCAAUGCCAGCUAUCACUAUGCAAGGUUGAAAGUGGCAAUGUUCUGGAGCUUCUCUGACUUUCUAGUUUGUACAUUUCUUUGGUAUAAUUAGAUGUGCAUCUUUAAAUUUUUUGAACGAGUUGUUUAAAAGCGCAGAGACUAAAUUGGAAGACGUUGCUGUUUGACUUCCUGUAGCGUAGAAGUGCUUUUCAUUGUUGUUGGACUCUUUGCAUUCUAGAGUGGGAAAGUGGGCUGCCUUCGUUGGAUGUGUGCCUCAGGUUAGUUCUGAAUUUGUGGCAGUUUUUCUUUGGCUUCUCUCCUUUAUAUGUGUGCUUGAUAUUUUACCAUAGCUCACAGACUGGAGGCAUGUUGGCACUGUUCUGCUUUGUACGCAGUUUAAAAUUGCUGUUACUUGUUAUAGAGUUUGCCAAGUCAAAAUAUUUGAGUUUGACUGUCUUGGAUAUACAUUUAUUGUCCUGGUUUCUUUAACACAUGCUUUGAAAAUGUAAUGUUGUGAACUUUUCGGGCUAUGCUCACAGAAAAUACAUUGUAUUUAAAGCUUAAUACACAAGUCCAAAAUUCAUAUAAGUGCACUAUAUGAGCACUAAUAAUAUAAGUUGCUGCUUUGUCUUCUGAUAAAUGAAGAGUGGGGAAGAAUAUGAUAAAUGAGAUAAGCCUUCUGAAUUGUGUUGAGUUGGUUGGGGAUUUUUUGUUCUUGUUUUGUUCAAAAAGGGACCUUUACAAA